ACAUUUCGUCAGUUUCCAAUUGGAAUCAACUUGUUUGUGAUGUAUUAUUUGUAAAUUUGAUUUUAAUAAAGAAAAUUAAAUAAAAUUACUAUAAAAUAGUUUACAAAAGCUUAAAGCAAUUAUGCAACAUAAAUGUACUCGUUGGGCCAUUGAUUUAACUAGCUGGAGUCUAACAUUACCGCAACUAGCACAGGCGGUGGCUGUCAUACAGCCUGAGGAACGGGAUCGAUUGAUGAAAUUCGUAUUUCUUGAUGAUUUCCUUUCCUCGCUAGUUGGUCGCCUGUUAAUGCGAAAAUUCGUCAGUGUCCAUAGUGGUGUUGACUAUAAGGAUGUGCGAUUUGCACGUGAUGUACGUGGAAAGCCUUAUUGGUUACAAGCAGAAGAUAAAUGUCACAAUCAACUCUCGUUCAAUGUAUCACACCAGGGGAAAUUUGUAGUGCUUGCAGGCAUUUCUGCCGAAAGUGACAUAAAAGCAGCAGCUACAGCACCUACUACUAUCGCCACUUCAAAAGUGGGAGUUGGCGUUGAUGUUAUGAAAAUUGAAUAUAGCGGAGGCAAAAAUCUAGCUGAAUUCUUUCGUAUAAUGCAACGCAAAUUCUCUGACAGUGAAUGGCGCUAUAUACGUCACCCACAGCAUAAUGAGGCCGACCAACUGAAGGCGUUUAUGCGUCAUUGGUGCCUCAAAGAGGCGUAUGUUAAAGAAAUUGGUGUGGGCAUAACUGUUGAUUUGCAAAAGAUCAGUUUCACUGUGGAUAUUACGCGUGAGUUGGAUGUUGCGGCCUCACCAUUAACCGGUACAAAAUUACGCCGCAACGAUUUACCCGAAAAUGAUUUCCACUUUGAAGAGCAUUUACUAGAACCAAAGUAUUGUGCAGCAAUUGCAUUUAAAAAUUGUAAGCCAGUUCUGGGAAAAUUUGAACUUGUAAAAAUUGAAGACCUUUUGGUGGCGACGGAAAAAGCAUCAGACGCGGAGAUAGUAGAAUACUGUAGAGAAGUUUUAAAAAAGCGACUGAAGUCAUAGUUCCUGCUUGUAUUUAUACCACAAGAUAGUUUUAGGCAUAAAAGUGUUUUUGUAUUCCGGAUGUAUGUAUGUACAUAUGUAUGUGAAUAAAAAUAUAUUUUUUUAUAUUAA